CUUCAGUUCUGUAGUGAUUUCUCCAGAGAAAAGGUCAUUACGAGAAAUAUGUGGAGUUAUCUCAUCAUAACGUUGGAAGUAAUUGUGUUCGUAGUCAGUGCAGACAUCCGUUGUUCGGAUGGCUUCGUGGCACAACAUGGGAUAGUAUUUCCAUUACCAGGGUCGUGCCAAAAAUUUCUAGCAUGCGUAGCUGGGCACAUUGUAGAAUUGAACUGUCCCGAAGAAUAUUACUUUGACAUCGAGACGCUCGUUUGUAAGAGGGCAGAAGAAAUUGAAUGUGUGGAAAGUGAUUUCAUGGCUUCCGAUGAGUUAUGCAAUGACCCGGAUGAAAUAACAUCACAUCCUGACCCUCACAAUUGUGCGAAGUAUACGUUAUGUGUGGGAAAUGCAGCCUUCCCACAGGAAUGUGCCACUGGACUACUUUUCAACUCAGAGACUGGUGCUUGUGACCAAGCACAGAAUGUGUUCUGUAACUUGACCUGCCCGGCUGUGGAUACUUCGAUAGUAUUUUUACCAGAUUCUAGUCGCCAAAAUUGUGCCAGGUAUUAUGUCUGUUUACAAGGCACUCCACGCCCAAUGGAGUGUUCAAACUCGCUUUAUUUUGAUAUGGUAUCCGGCACGUGUAAGUUGGCACAGGAAGCAUCCUGCAGAAUACCAGACGUUGUUUGUUUGGAGCAAGAUGAGCUUUUGGAAAAUUCUAAAAGUUGUACCAGUUAUUACAAAUGUUCGGCUGGAUUUCCACAUUUCAAGCAGUGUGGUCAAGACGAACAUUUCAGCGAAGGAAUGUGUAUACACGGGCCUUGUGACACCACUACUGAAGCGACGACAACGACAACACCCGCUAGUACAACGCUGGAAUCAACUACUACAACUACAAUAUCCACGUCCGUUCCAACAUCUGUGCCAACCACAACAACAAGCGAACCGUCUACUACAACGACUACUAUUGAACCGACUACCACUACUACACAACCUACCAUCACUGCUGAUUCAACCACUACAACUGCAGAAUUAACAACUAUGGAAACUCCGAUAUCGACAACAUCCGUCGAACCAACAACUCCAACAACGGUGGAACCUAUAACUACCUCAACGACGGUGGGACCAACAACCACUUCAACAGUAGAACCCUCAACCACUACAUCGACAACUUCAUCGACAACCACCACAACAGUUGCAACCACAUCGACGACUCUCGCUCCAACUACUACGACAACUGUUCUGCCACCAAUCGAUGCAGCGGAAGUUUGUCGUGAUGUGACUAUUGGUAUUUUCCCGCAUCCACAUAAUUGUUAUCAGUAUUUCGUGUGCAUCUUCGGAUCCGGAAAAGAGGCUACCUGUCACGAUAGUGAAAUCUUUGAUCCGCAGUCUUCAGCAUGCGUGAUGGGUGAUCGAGCCACUUGCAGAUAAAAUUGGUGGAAUCGAAGUGUAUAUCGCAAACAGUCGUUUGUCUGUUUGGAUUAAGUUUAUUCAGUCGAGCAUCGUUCAUUUAUCUAGAA